AAGGAGGAGUCCCCGAGGGGCAGAGCGGGGAAAGAUCUGUUUCCACGCGGGGCCCUGAAACCCGGGGUCCGGGCGAGCCGGGAGGAACCGGACGCGGCGGCGCUUCGCUUUGCAUGACAAUGCGCCGCUUUGCACAACCGACGCCGACGGGUAUUUAAAGGCGUCGCUGCGGCCCCGCGCCUCGUAGCUACUUUCGCGCACACCCGCCUUUUGCAAAGAUGCCCCUGAUGCGGGCUGCGCUCCUGCUCGCCCUGGGCUUGCUUCUCGCUGGCCCCGAGGCCCUUGCAAAGGUCUUGAUGAAACAGGCAUUCCGGAUCAGUAACUUUUCCUGGGAGAACUGUGACGACGGGAAGGACCCUGUGCUGAUCAAAAGCCUGAAUGUGGAACCUAACCCCAUUGUCAAUCCUGGGAAUGUGACUGUGAGUGCCGAGACCCAGACGAGUGUCCCUCUCAAUGCUCCUCUGAAGGCGGAACUAACUGUGCAGAAGGAAAUGGCUGGCUUCUGGGUCAAAGUCCCAUGUGUGGAACAAGUCGGUAGCUGUACCUACGAAGACAUCUGUAACGUAUUUGACAUUUUCCUCCCCCCUGGAGAGCCCUGCCCAGAGCCCCUGCACACCUAUGGGCUUCCCUGCCACUGUCCUUUCAAACAAGGCAAAUACUCACUGCCCAAGAGUGUUUUCACCCUACCCCGCCUGGACCUGCCCGGCUGGCUCAGUACCGGAAACUACCGCAUCCAGAACAUCCUAAGCAACAGCGAGAAACGUCUGGGCUGUUUCAAGAUCAAUGUCUCUCUAGAGAACAUUAAUAUGGCACCAGCUAGAGCAGAAUGAAGGGGUGUGAGGAAGGUGUCCCUCUUCCUCUGUCUUGUGUUUGUCAAAGCCAAAUUCCGAUUUUCUGUCCCCCUUCAAGCCCCUUUCCACAAUGAUCCUACUACCCUUGCUGCAAAUAAUUUUGUGCCACUUAUAUUUUAGGUGUGGGCAGGCAGCCCUAACCUAAGGUAGGGUGAGUCUGGUGGUUCUUGAUGGCUCAGGACAUCUACUGGGCCGGCCACUUCAUCUUCCUCCUCACCCCUGCGACUUUCUCUCUAACACUUAACUUAUUUUCCAAACAGUCCUGGAACAGGACGAACAUGUUUUGGGACCCCCAAGUUCAGACGGACCCAGUCUUGCUCUCCUGAAGUACCUUUAAUGAUUUUCUCAUUAAAUUGUUUUUUUGUCACUAACAUAAAA